AUGAAAGAAGAAAUCAACCAGUCGGUGAGAUCUGUCAACAUGGGGAGUAAACUAAAAAUCCUAGCAAUUUCAAUGUUCUUGUCAACCCUUUUCUACACUCCGGUAUUUUCCACAUCAACUGAUGGGCUUGUUAGGAUUGGACUGAAAAAAGUGAAAUCCGAAUCAACAGAUGAUAUAGCUUCCCUCCUUGCUUUGAAUAAUGGUGAUUAUAACUUAAAGACGUUUAUAAGGAAGUAUAGGCAAAGUUCAAAGAAUCUUGGUGAUUCCCAAGAGCCCGAUAUUGUAGCAUUGAAGAACUAUAUGGAUGCUCAAUAUUUUGGUGAGAUAGGCAUUGGCACCCCACCUCAGAAGUUUAAAGUCGUAUUUGACACGGGUAGUUCUAACUUGUGGGUGCCAUCGUCUGAAUGUUCAUAUUCGGUAUCUUGCUAUUUCCACACAAAAUACCAGUCAAGUCAGUCAAGCACCUACAAAAAGAAUGGUUAG